UUUGGUGACCAAUUUUACCUUUUUCCAGAAGGUAUUUGUUGUAUACUCAUAAGUCUAGCAAUGACUUUCAUGCAUUCUGUUAAGACACAUUUCCAAUCAGUGAAUGGAAUUACUGGUGACUAUAUACUGAAUGCUAUCUGAGAAACUGGUGCCUGUCAAUCGAAUGGCUGUCCUGCAUUCAGGAUGUAAGCUCAUAGACAUAUCCAUGCUAAUCUUGUGUAUUUAUGAAUGAGACUUUUGAGUUUGCUGAAAGAAAUCACACUCCUAUCAUUCAUAGUUCACAAUUCCAUCACACUCUACUUUUACAAUUUAGAAAUGCAGUAGGGGCUGAUAUGUAUUAGCACAAUGUUCCUUCUACAGACUGGCUGCCCAAGGACACUGCCAUCAGACCUUUGUCCAGUACCUGAUGAAUUGCACUUAAUAUGGCAUACAGUGAUCCCAGAGCAUCUGAGGGUUUGGACACAGAGCGUGGGAUGGAGGAUGUGGGCUUGGCAGCCGGCAGGACCCAGCGGGAGAAGAAGCGAUCGUACAAAGACCUUCUGCGUGAAGAAGAGGAGAUUGCUGAAGAAGUUCGAAAGUCAUCAAAGAAAAGGCCCAAGGAAUCUGACUUUUCCUUUCUUGGGUCGGAGUCCCACAAGAAGAAAAAGAAGCAUUUUUCAGAGGAUGCAUUUUAUGCAGAUUUGUCUUCUGCAGACAUAAAGAAGAAAAAGCCACAACCUCCCAACCCAUCUUCUCCUUCUGAUACAGCAAUGGAUCUUCUGAAAGCCAUCACCUCUCCACUUGCUUCUUCCAGCAAACUUCCUUGCAAGAAAGCAGAGAAAAUAAUUGCAUCCCCUGUCAGUUUUCCCUCUGGCUCCCAAGUACCACGCAAAGAGCAUCGCAAAAAAUCAGAGGAGGUUCCCACAGAGGAUCCUGGCCAUGAAGCAAAAAAGCCCAAACCUCUGACUUUACGAGAGCCAGAUGGACUGAGAAUGAAACUCAUUCUUUCUCCCAAAGAAAAGACAGAGGAACAUAUUAUCUCUCCACAGGCAAGCCCUGUGCUCAGUGAAGGGACAAGUGCUAAGAAAAUUAUUAAAAAAGUACAAAAGGAAGAAACAGAGAGCCGAAGUAGCCACAAGAAACAUAAGAAGGAAAGCCACACACCACGAUCUAGUGGUACACCUGAUUCAGCUUCUUCUGGUGGGGAUAUAGAGGGUGGGGAAUUGGUGAUCGAUGACUCAUUUCGGGAGGUAAAGAAAAAAAAGAAAUCUAAAAAAAGCAAGAAGAAAAAAGACAAACAUAAGGAUGACAAACAUAAGGAUGACAAACACAGGAAGCACAGCAAAAGCAAGAGGGAACAUGGUGCUGAUGGGAGUCCAACACAGAUUCUACCACAAACACUGCCCUUGCCACCUGCUCCUACCACUGUAUCGCCACCACCUGCACCUCUGUCAGCACCUACCAUCAGCAACCCAGAGGUACCAUUGGACAAAAAGAAGAAGAAAGAGGAGUCAGAGAAGCAACAGCCGAAGAAAAAGAAUAUGUCUGCAUAUCAAGUCUUCUCUAAGGAGUAUCGAGGCAGUAUCAUUGCAGAGCACCCUGGGAUCGACUUUGGUGAACUCAGCAAGAAACUAGCUGAGGUGUGGAAGCAGCUUCCAGAAAAGGACAAGCUUGUUUGGAAACAAAAAGCACAAUAUCUCCAGCAUAAGCAAAAUAAAGCCGAGGCUACCACUGUGAAACGCAAAUCAAGCUCAUCUGACGCCACUCCAAAGAGCAAAGGCUCCUCUUCGAGUCUUUCUUCUCCUCAUAAGAAAUCCCCAAGUAGUGUUUUAUCCUUCUCUUCUUCGCCAGCCAAAGUCCCAGACACAGAACCCAUUGAUGUAGCAGCCCAUCUUCAGCUCCUGGGAGAAUCCUUGAGCUUGAUAGGUCAUCGGCUACAGGAGACUGAAGGCAUGGUUGCUGUGUCUGGCAGUUUAUCUGUCCUUCUGGAUUCCAUCCUUUGUGCUCUUGGACCAUUAGUUUGUCUUACCAGCCAUGUUCCCCAGCUGAAUGCUUGCCCUAAGCCGGUUCUGUCAAACACUCUGGACAACAUUGCUUAUGUGAUGCCUGGUUUGUGACCUCCAACAUCUAAUAGAAGAUUGUUGGAAUCUGGGACAUGGGACGCUAUUUGUUUUAUUGUUGUAUAGUUCUGUAAUAUAUGUACACACAAAGUCAGAAGUAUUUUAUGCAGUCUUGUAAAUCUUAUUGUACCUUUUUUAGAUCAGACAGAAACAUGCAUUAUAAAAUUGCCUGAUAGGCUGGUUUACAUGUCAAGAGACAUUCCUGGCCCUUGAUGGACAGAUUUUUUAAAAAAAUUUAAAAUAAAAAUGCAACUCUCUUUUAGGGUGAUUUAUAUCAUUGGACAGUUGUAUGGUUUACAAUCCCCCCCCCCCCCCCCAAUAUUUUUCCCUUCUUUGCAUGGUCUUACCUUUUAUAGGGAAAGCUUUUUAAAACAAAAAACUUAAAAUAACUUUUUUAUAUACUUAACAGGCACAUAAGUGGCACCAAGCACAUACCACUUUCUUCUAGAAAGUUUCAAAAUGUAAACGAGCUAAUGGUAAAGUAUUAUAUAAAAUAAGAAUAAGAAUUUGUUGCCAGCAGAAUCUGCGGUUUAAAAUGAUAAAGUUUGAACAGUCUGUUAGCUGCUGUUAUUCCAUUCAGUGAAGCUGGUCUAUGCUUAAACCUGCAAUGAUUGUCAUAUUAUGUGCACUAUUCUCAUCACAUCCUGUCUGCCCUCACUGUGCAAACUAUUCCUACAUUAUGACCUGUUGAUCACGUGGUGGCAAUUGGAAAUAAUGAGCGUUUUAAACAAUGCUUGGUCAGUAAGGACAUUUAAUAUUAUGGCCACUGUAGUCCUUACUAAAAAAGCAACAAUACAGUGUUAUGUGUAAGCACACUGUAUUUAUAUUGGUGCCUAAUAUUAUUUUUCAUUUUUCUUUUUAAUUUUAUAUGUCAUUGUCAAAUGUCCUUGCUAUUGUUUAAAAUA